AUGGAGUGGUCUGAGGAUGCUUUGAAUACCAUUCUGAAGGAAUCUUCUGCUGGUAACAUUUCUAAAAUUCAUUUUGAUAGAAGUAAAAAAGACCAUAUUCAUCUCAUUAAAAGGACCAGCUCUAGCCUUUCUAAGGAUAUCCAGAAUAGAAUUUUCAGAGGGUAUAACUGCCAGUGGAAUAUUUUUACUUGCCAAAAGUUGUUAACUCCUUCAAUGCUGUUAUUUUCUUGGAGAGUGCUAAAUGAUUUGAUUCCAACUGAUGACAUUCUAAAAUUGAAAGGUUUGAAAGGCCCCUCAAGAUGCCACCUUUGCAAUAAUGAUCAAGAAUCUAGUGACCACUUUUUCUUCAGUUGUAGAUUUGCUAGGGAUGUUUGGAAAAAUUUAACAUCAAAAUUUAACAUCAACCUGAUCAAUGUUGGCAAGGGAAACAUCAAAGAUAACUUAAAAGACUGGCAAAAAAUAAACCUUAUGUCUCUUCCCUUCAUUGUUGUCUGGUUUCUGUGGAAUGCUAGGAACAAGGUAAAGCAUGAGGACAUGGGGAUUAACCCUGACUCCGUGGUGGCUAACUGUCAGGCCUACCUUCAAAAGCUGAUUAGUUGGAAGAAUUUCACCAACAAGAAAGCAGGAAUUGGAGUGAUAUUUAGAGACCACACUGGCAAAGCCUUGCUUUAUUUCAAGGCCCCCUACAUUGCUGUUGAUUCCCUGGAAACUAAAGCUAUUGCUCUUUACUGGGCAAUCAAAUUUGCCAUGGAAAUUCAGUGGAAUUGGAUUAUUGCUGAAGUGGACUCUUCCCUACUGGUGGAUCUGAUCUCUAAAAACCUGUCCCCCCCAUGGAACAUUAUUCAGUGGAUGCACAAGAUAAAGAAGAUUAUCAGUGAAAUUAAGCUACAAAUCUCCUUUGUUUAUGGGGAAGCCAACAAGGCUGCAAAUUUUCUGGCAUUGGAGGGUUCUAAUUCAAAUCAUGGUGAGGUCUCUACUUCCCAUCCCCUCCCCCUUCAACUUUUAUUACAAGGAGAUAAACUUCAUAUACCUUACCUUAGAUUGUAG